UUCAUCGAAUCAAUUCUCCGAAAGCUGUUGCGUGUACGUACGCCGUGUCCGCCUUAAUUUAAUUUAAUACUUUAAUUAUUAAUAAUUGGGAGUGAGCUUGUGUCUGUGUGUGGUUGCAAACAUGCUGGUCAUCAACACUUGCAGAAAUACGGCGAAGCUGGCUCUGCGUGGCGCCUGGAUGAGAAGCAAUCUCCCUAUCAUCAGUCCAUCAAUUGCCUCGCGUACUUUCUCGCUGGGUCUGGCCCUGAGGCAGCAAGAUGUCGUUAACGUAACCUUCGUGCGUGCCAAUGGCACCAAGAUCAAGACAUCCGGCAAGGUGGGCGACUCCCUGCUUGACGUGGUGGUCAACAACAAUGUGGAUCUGGACGGCUUUGGCGCCUGCGAGGGCACCCUGACCUGCUCCACGUGCCACCUGAUCUUCAAGACUAACGACUUUGAGAAGCUGCCCGAUAAGCCCGGCGACGAGGAGCUCGACAUGCUGGAUCUGGCCUACGAACUGACUGACACUUCGCGUCUGGGCUGCCAAAUAACCCUCUCCAAGGACUUGGAUGGACUGGAAGUGCACGUCCCGUCCACCAUCAACGAUGCCCGAUCCGCGUAGAACCCCCCAAACCAAAUCCCCAACCAGUUCAUAGUUGUUACGCUUUUUGUUUUGCUUUUUGAGUGCUAGAUAUAUAGUCAAACACCUGGCGGUGUUGUCGUUCCAGACAUCCUCAGGCAGCUCAGGCGACUAUUAUAUAGAUGCGUGCAUCAAUUGUUUCGAUGGCACUUUAUGCCGACUGUUGUUUUUUAAAGUGUUAAGCUCAAAGGGAUCUUUAGAUAAAUAUGUAAAUAUGUGUUCACCAAUAAAUUUACAUGUAUUUUCGUA